AUGACUGAAGCUAUCAAGUUGCUCUUUCGAAAGUUGUAUCACCCAGUUGGGUUUUCCAAGGGGUAUAACUUCAUUUUAUUUUUCGUUCUUGUUGGGGCGCUUAUGGGAUUUACCCUGGCGCGCUUCCAAUACCUCAACAUUAGAGGCGAUUUUUGCAAGAGAGGAAAUGCUGCGCCAGGUGAAUGCUUCUAUUACCUCCAGCAAACUCGGUACCAUGUUGGGAUAAUUCUUCACCUGGGAUGUAUUUUGCCGGCGUCAUUCCUGGUCUGCUUCCAAUUUGUUCCUAUAAUCCGGCACAAGUUUAUCAUGUGGCACCGUAUUUCUGGGUAUCUGAUCAUGCUUCUGGUACUCAUCUCCAAUGUUGGUGCUCUUGUUAUCGCACGACGGGCAUUUGGCGGCACAUUGGACAUACAAGCGGGGAUAGGGACCCUUGUGCUAAUGACGACUGUUGGGAUUGGACUUGCUUAUUAUAACAUCAAAAAGCUCCAGAUUGAUCAGCACAGGGCGUGGAUGAUCAGGUCAUUUGUCUACAUGGGAGCAAUUAUCACUAACAGGUUCAUAUUUUCCGCUGCUGCCGCAAUAAUAACUGCUAUCGGUGGGUAUAAUGCAGUUUGGCCAUGUGAUAAACUUGAUUAUACUCUCGGCCACAAUGAGACCUUGAGCAAGUAUCCGGCCUGUUCGACGUUUUAUGACGGAUCAAAUCCCCAACAGCAGGCGAUUGUCGUUGCAGAUUUCAAUGGCGGAGAUGAGAAUGUGUCGGCAGCUAUAGGGCUUAAUUUCGGAAUGGCAAUUUGGAUUGCUAUCUUGAUACACGCCAUCGGGGUGGAGGUAUAUCUAACGCCUGGAGAAUCUCAACGUUUGCGACAAGUCUCUUACCAACGCCAGUUAGAAGCUGGAUAUCGCAUGCCAGGCAAGGCAGGGCUAACUGCUGAGAGACUAGGCGACUGUAGUGGGAUGCAAGAACCAUGA